AUGCCGUGGACCAAAAAUGGCGAAGCAGCUGCUGCGUCAUGGAACGGGAAUCGCUAUCGAGAUUACUCGGCUCCUCCGCCUGCUGUGAAUGUGCCUAGAAAAACAGAGAGCUUCAUUCUAGGAGAAGGAGAAAAGAAGAUUGAAGAAAAGGCAGAUACACGAACACCAUCAACGUCUAUAUUCACUCUUAAUAAAGAAGACCACUCAGUGGGCAAUCUCCUUCGUGGCCGUCUUUUACAGAAUCGCCACGUUACUUUCGCUGCUUACAAGAUUCCCCACCCCCUUGUACACAAAGUUGAGCUUCGUGUACAAACAGACGGCGAAAUAACGCCCAAGGAAGCUCUACUUGCAGCUUGUCACGACACUGUCCGAGACUUGGGCACAUUAUCUCGAGAGUUUACCAAGGAGUUUGAACUGAGAAAGAUGGUCGGGGCUUCUCAGCAUCAAAAUGGGACUCAGGAUGGUCUUUAA